GGGGAGCGACAGUGAGAGUGAAUGGAGUAAUUGGUCACUCCUCUUUCUCCGGGGACUAUCAGUAUGCCACCUGAUGAUCAGUUGAGAAGGGCGUUUGACUGAGUUGUAAAGAGACGGAAAAAUCACCUUGAAUUAAAGAUUUUCCUUGUGAGAACAUUUGGGUCCAGAAAGACGGGUCACUACCCCAUCUUCUCUUAUCAAGAAGAGCCAAAGAAAAAUAUUUUCCCUUUGGAUCUGUUGAUAAUUUAUCAAGACUCAGCUUUAAGGGUCAGGGUUAUAAUGUGAACCAGAUAAUCAGCGAGAUGGAGCAGGAGGGCAUCGACAGCAGAGUCAUUCCUACAUUACGGAAAGUGUGGUUGAGUAUGUUUAGUAUGUAUGUUUGUGUGUAAAUGUUUUGGGCUGUGUCAUUCUGUUAAAUGUAUGUUAUUGUCUAGUUAUUUAGCUCAUUUUAGUUCCGUUACUUUGACUGACUUCUGCAAGUGCGCAUGUGUGUUUGUGAGGUGUAUGGGUGUCAGACUGAGGUGGUUGUCUAAAGUUACCUGGAAAUACUUAGCCAGUCUGCUCCUGGAGGUUUGGGUUACCUGAGUUCCACUGGCUGGCAGCUGGGCAGCCAUUGCGACAGGGCAACAAAAGGACAGGCUCCAAAACCUUAUCAGAGUUUUGAGAAACUGCAAAAGGCGUUGUGAUAGGCGUGCGUCUAAGAUUGUAGUUUUGUGGAAGUAGUGGGUGGGGCUAGAAAGAGGUACAGGUGAGAUAUAAAAGCAUGUGCGUGUCUUCUGGACAUCUCAUCUGUCUGCGGUCCUGACCAGGGAUUAUGAGAACACUGAUGAGCUUUAGAGUGUACUGCCAUUGUCCAGGAGAUCAAAACACUCACAUGCCGAAUGAUGAGUGACUCCCCACUGCUGCCUCUUUGUCCUUUCAAAGAUGGCUGGGGUUGUUUUGUAGUUUUAUUACCCCCCCCCACCCCCCAAAAAAAGACUGGAUAUUUAUUGAUUGUGUUUUGAACUUUUCUGAGAAGAUGAAGAAUAAACAAAUAUUCUGCUGUAUGGAUUGUACGAUACCUGCUAUACAGUACCGGAUAUUGCUUUAAAAAUGUUGCCUUUGGGGACUGUCUUGUCAUCAGUCGAAUGAUCAGGGCAAGGACUCGGACCACAGAAGGGACGCCUGGAACUCUGACAACCAUUCACGCCCAGAUAUAAGCAAGAAUGGAACCCCUCCUUCGUAACAGCUUUUAAGAGCUCAAAACAACCUAUGUAACUUCAUAUUCCUGUCCUCUUUAUACACCGUAAACUUUAUUUUUUAGGGGGAGGGGGGGGCAAACUGAGGAUAACCAUCCACUGGUCUCCACAAGGUGGAUCAUGUACGUGCUGUGCACCCUUGUGGUGUUGACCAUCCACAGCCUCUUGAAGCGCCGACACAAAGCCCUGGAGGCCGGUGACAAAGAGGCUGGAAAAGGUGCCAAGCGGGCUGGCGACAAGGCUGCUCUGCUGGGGGAGGGAGACAGGGUGAGGGGCUCCCGGCAUGGUGGAUUUGGAGAGAGUGUGGGGCCCAGGAAGAGGGGGACGGAGAUGACAAUUGUGCUAUCUCAGGAAACUACAGAGAGGGCUCAUGCCAGAGACAGAAAAGUUGAGCUUGAAUACAGUGAAGGAUGCAGCCUGGAGAAUGUGCCGGACAACAGAAAACAAUUGCAGCCGGACCAAAGGCCUGUUGCUCUGCUCAGCCCUGCGGUCAUGUUCGGCACACGAAAGACCUGGGACCUUGGCCAUGCCCCCUGCUUGCAGGAGCUCUGGAAGAAAGACGUGUCAUUGAACGCAAGCUCUGUGGACUUCCUGAUGAGUGAUGGUGAAGAGGACGGCUCAUUCCUGUCUCUGCCCCCUGCCGCUUUUCCACAAAGAACCACUUUGAACACUGCUAACCAGUUAGAAGCCAGCCAGCACAACCACAACCAACAACUACUCAUACAGAAACUGCAAGAGAAAGUGUGUGAGUUCCAGGCCCGUCUGCGAAGUGAGGAAGCUUCUCGGCGACUGCAGCUGCAAAGGCUGCUGCAGUGCCACGAGCAGAGACAGCUGGAGACGACUGACGUCAUACACGAUCUGCAGGCAGAGCUACAUCCAGCACUGCCUAGCGGUGUAAGGGAGUUGCAGAGGUCAGCCGAGCCACAGCCACCACAGCAGCAGCACAGUGAGUGUCUCAGUCAGGAGGGGGGGCGGCUCAUCACGGCACUGCGCAAACAGGUGGAGGAGCUGGAGGAGAAGCUGCUUGUACAGACCCAGGAGGCAGAAAGACUGCGCUCUGAGCUGGGGGCGACAGACCUGGAGAAGCACCUAGAGCUGCUGGUGGUCGAGAACGAGCGGCUGAAGCAUGAGCUGAACGCAUGCAAGUCAUUGCUGCCCCAGGAGGCUCCUACACUGGCCUGCGCAGCUACUGACUGCCCCCACAGCCAGAAUGUGGAUGCCUUGCGCAGUGAGGUGUCUCGCUGGGAGGGCCAGGCCAGGCAGAGAGAGAGCAGGCUGGCAGACUUGGAGCAGCAGGUCCUGGAAAAGGGCAACUGGGCAGAGAUACUAAGCAGACAGCUGGAUGAGUCCAAGCGCUACGCAGCUGAGAUGCAGAGGCAGCUGGAAGAGUCUAAGCACCACCGGAGGGAGGUGGAGCAGCAGCUCAGUGCCCGGCUCAGAGGCUGCGAGGAGGCGCUUGCCAGACAGGCCACACGGCCCCCUCAGAUCAAGUAUGUGACUGAGAGAGUGGAGCUGGAUUCACCAGGGUCCCAGCAGGAUUUAGCUGAGGCCCAGGCCAAGAGUGCCAACCUGCAGGAGCAGCUGUCCCUGCAGAGGCAGCUUCUCCGAGAGCUGGAGGUUCAACUGCAUGAGUCCCAAAGGACCAGCACCCAGCUCCGAGCUCAGCUGUGUGCAGAUCGCGGCCGUAUAUGUGGCCUGCUCUCCAAGGCCGUCGGCAGGGGCAAUGGCGAAGUCAUUUGCAGGUUGUCCAAGAUCCUCGUGUACGAAGGGGAGAUGGAGAGGGCCCAGGGCCAGUUGGAGGCUGAGAUGCAGAACCUAGAGGACGAGAAGAACCGAGUGAUUGAGGAGGCCUUCGUAAGGGCAGAGAGUGAAAUGAAGGCUGUGCAUGAGAACCUUGCUGGUGUACGUAUGAACCUGUUGACCCUGCAGCCCGCCCUCCGCACCCUCACCUGUGACUACAACUGUCUGAAGAGGCAGGUACAGGACUUCCCUUUCAUGCUGGAGAAGGCCAUCACUGAAGCCAAGCAGGAGAUCUGCCAGGUGAUUGGCGAAGUGAGCAGUGCCAACCAGGAGCUGCUGCGCAAGUACAAGAGAGAGAUGAACCUGAGGAAGAAAUGCCACAAUGAGCUGGUGCGCCUCAAAGGCAACAUUAGGGUGUUCUGUCGGGUGCGUCCGGUGUGCCAGGGGGAGCAAGAUUCAGCGGAAAACAUGGUCAGCUUUGACCCUGAGGACGAUGCCCUUCUCUACCUCUCUAACAAGGGCAAACUGAUGACCUUCGAACUGGACAAGGUCUUCCACCCUCAGGCCACACAGGAGGAGGUAUUCCAGGAGGUACAGUCACUGGUGACAUCCUGUAUCGAUGGAUUUAAUGUUUGCAUCUUCGCCUAUGGACAGACAGGCUCAGGAAAGACCUAUACCAUGGAGGGUGUGCCUAAGGAUCCAGGCAUUAACCAGAGAGCCCUCAGACUACUGUUCUCCGAGGUGACAGAGAAAGCACCCGACUGGGACUACAAGAUCACUGUUAGCAUGGUGGAGAUCUACAACGAAACCCUACGGAACCUGUUGGGGGACAACCAGGGAGAGAAGCUAGACAUCAAGAUGAAUCCAGAUGGUAGUGGUCAACUGUAUGUUCCAGGCCUCACUAACUUUACUGUCAAAAGUCCAGAGGACAUCAAUCGGGUAUUUGAGCUGGGUCACAUGAACAGGGCCACGGCUUGCACCAAUCUAAACGAACACAGCUCCCGUUCCCAUGCGCUCCUCAUCAUCACCGUAGUGGGCUUCAAUUCUUCCACAGGGCACCGCACGCAAGGUAAGCUAAACCUGGUUGACCUGGCUGGCUCAGAGCGGAUAGCCAAGUCUGGAGCUGAGGGCAGCCGUCUGCGAGAGGCCCAGUGCAUCAACAAGUCCCUGUCGGCUUUGGGUGACGUCAUCAAUGCGCUCCGGAGCCGCCACUCCCAUGUGCCCUUUAGGAACUCCCGGCUAACCUACCUGCUGUCCGACUCACUGAGCGGGGACAGCAAGACCUUGAUGAUGGUGCAGAUAUCGCCCCUGGUCAGUAACAUGAGUGAGUCAGUUUGCUCUCUGAAGUUUGCCCAGCGGGUACGGACAAUUGAACUGGGCAACACCCCCAGGAGGCAGUGGGAGAUCUCCUCCACCUCCUCCUCUCCCACCCAUGACAGCCUUGAGCCAGACUCUCCUCCAGUGACACCGGUGCCCCUCCCCAUCUCCCGGGCUAGCAGUGCCGGCUCCACUCUCUCCUCGUCUUCCAAAACCCCUGGCGCACGACGGAGGUCUCAAUCCCAACUAACAACAGAUAGGCUGUUAGACAGAGCCAGCCCAUUUGUGGGGGACGGUGGGCAGGGCGAUUGAAACUGGCCAUCUGAGGGCUCCAAUUGAUCCAGAAUAAACCUGUCUCUGACAGCUAUUGGACUGUCUGAACUGGAGGCUGUUAACCAGCACCAUGUCCGACCAAUGAAAACAUUCAGCUUUGGGAACAAUCCGCUGUCUCUCCUGCAAUGUCAUGACCAAUAGGCGGGUGUAACUGGACUAGGAAAAUUCUGAUAAAACAAUCAAGGAGAGUGGGAAACAUCUCACACAGAAGACCUCCUGUUGCAGCAUAAUGAGACUAACCCAAUACAGUACAUUUGUUUUCCCGUCUCCUUUAUUACCACUGAUAGAUAAAUGAACUGGAUAGGUCCUGGCUAUAACAAAUACAUUUAUUCAGCCCUUCUAAUUUCUUUAGUCCUAUCUGUAGCCCUCAAAGAAACACAACACCUGACUGCAAGUUUCUAUAAGAAGUCCCCGUUAGUCUUUCUCACCUGGGUGGGAGGGGAGGGUACCUUGGAGUAACACAGCUAAAACAACUCUCAAAAAGAAACUUCAAUAUUCACAGCCCAGAACAACAAACUCACACAGCUGUAGGGCUAACCAAUCCCUUUGACGUGAUCACCCCCUAACAGUAUACACCUUCCAAUCAGUAUUACUGGAUAAACAAAAAUGCACUUUAAACAUAGCUGUUACUUUCUUGAUAUGAACCACCAUUGCAGUAUAAUUCCUCCAUUUACAUAUUAGGAUAUGCAUACACCAUUUGUGUAUGUUUGAGAUGUUUUUAAUCCCUUUUCUCCUUAUUUUCUUUACAAGAAUUCCAUACCAGUCUCCUCCACCAUUCAACCAGGGUCCUCCAGAUAUGGAGUCAGGCUACUUCUGACCAGUAGGGCACAAGCAAUAAAAGUGCGCGAAGAGAGUGGUUUACUUCCUCUGUAGGCAUUUGUGUUUCAUUUGAUUUCUCCUGGGCAAUAUAGAGCUGCCUCAGAAUGUUCCUGUUUGCGUUUGUCCUGUUUACAGAGCGUAUAAAGCUAGACUGAUUCACACUCCCAUGCUAGGACAGGAAAUGCCAUCCCUGUUUGGGGAUUCUGUUGCUUGAAUUUAGGAUCAGUUUACCAUGUCCUAACAUUAUCCAAUAGGGACACAAAACAACUAGAGACAACUUUAUCUUACUCUCUGUAUCUGACCGCAAACAGCCAAUGACUCAUGCAAUGGAAAAAAUAAGCUGUGGAAACCCCUGCAGUGGAAUGGUAAGCUAGUUAACUAUGUUUUAAAUUGCAUCCAGUGUAAAUAAAAAUGUAAUCAGCUGAUUAUGCGUCAUCGGCUAGGAAAGCGUGUUUCUUUGAUGUUUACUCGAAUACAAGGUUGUUCCCAAAAUGUCAGAGGAAUAUUUAGCAAAUGUUGCAUUGUGCUGGUUGCUUGAAAGUUAUCUCUGCUUGCCUGUGUCUUUGCUGUUGUCGCUGUAGUUUUCUACGCAGUGUUGUUUUUGUACACCCUUUUUAAUAAACUCUAAAUAAAACCAA